AUGCUGAUAAGUUGUGAUGAUGCCGAGAAUAUAGUGUUCCACAUUAUCACUGAUAAGAAAACCUACACCUUGAUGCAUACCUGGUUUGCUCUCCACUCUGUCUUUCCUGCCAUUUUGGAGGUAAGGGGACUUCACCAAUUCAACUCCCCUCCUGAUGAGGAUGUGGUGAUCAUGGACACAGUAGAGGAGCUUCAUCAGAGCUCAUACACUUAUCGCUACUACAGGGGAGUAGCUGAAGAAUACAGAAGACUUUCAGCUUUAAAACCAAGCACGUUUUCACUCGUGAAUUAUCUGAGGAUACAUCUUCCAGAGCUGUUUCCAAAGUUGGAAAGGGUAAUCUUUCUGGAUGACGAUGUGGUGGUGCAGAGAGACUUGACAUCACUGUGGCAUUUAGAUCUCCAUGGACUUGUCAUGGGUGCUGUUAGUUCACAAGAGUGCAAUCAUGGCCUUUGUAUUGGGAAGACAUUCAAUGACUACAUGAAUGUCUCAAAUCCAUUGAUAUCGUCAUCAUCAUUGGACUUGCAGAGAACUCAGUGUGCAUGGUUGGAGGGCAUGAACAUUUUCGAUCUGCGAGCAUGGAGAAAGAACAACAUCACCAGGACCUACCAGCGCUGGCUUAAGUUGGCAUGUUCUUCCAGAUCAACAAUUCAGUGUUCUUUGCAUUCACAAGGUGCUAAGCUGUAA